GCUACGAGCCAGGCUAGACGGGCAGUAUGGCGGAGGAGGGCAGUGUGUACGAGUUAGAGGGGCUCGAAAAACAGUUGGACAGUUUGUCGAGCAGUUACUCAAGUGAUGACAUACGAGCCGAUAGUAAACCGUUCUGCUCUGACUUUUGCGAGCUGGUGGAGGAGUACGCCACUCGCUGGCAGGUGCCGCUGCCUCAGCUCAGGAUCCUUGAGUUAGCUCUCCGCUACUUCGCUCGAGCUUCCACCUUCUUCACAUCAAACUGUGAUCAUGUGCUCCACACACUUAGUAGUCUGGCCUUGAGCGUUUUUGAGUUGCUGCUGUUCUUUGACCAGAAGGACUUCCACCAGGAGCCACUGAAUCACUUCUCUGUUACAUUCCAGGAAUGUCACUCGGCGCUCGCGAGGCAUCAGAAUGUUCACUUGCUUCAAGUGGAGCAUUUGGUCCGGGGUGGUGGGCCUUGGGCCGGCCCAGCCUUACAGGCAAUCCUCAGUGAGUCCAGUUUACCUCAGAGUGACGUGGACGGGUGCGUCAGCUCUGAGCUGCCGGUGUUCUUUGAGCUCCGGGUGCGCUACCUCUUAUCCUGUGAGCGGGUCGGCGAGGCCAUGGCCCUGGCGAGGUGUUGUGCUCGGCAUCCCACGGCAGGACAGCACUUGUUCUUCCUCCAGGUCUACCUCACGUGGCUUUUCAAAACCUCACAUCACGACCGCCUUCACAAAGAGGUGGCUGAAUUUAAUGGUAAAGAUGCAAUUCAUAUCAUCUGUAGUUUGGAGUGUGAGGAAAAGGAUGAGUUGCUACUAGCCCUCAGCAGAGCCUUCCUCUCCCAGCAGCUGUGCAGGGGAGACAUGCACUAUUUGUGGGAUCUCGUCUUCAUAUGGAGUAAACUUCACAGUCGGUUGAAUACGUCCAAGCAAGCUCUACUUGAGGAGAGUCAUCGGCUGAUGCUGUCUGCGACCAAUGUCAACUCAAUCUUCCCAUUCAUCAGAGCCAUACUGCAAGAGCUGGGUGAAGAUGGUAUCCAGUUCUGCGUGGAGCUGUGUGCUAACGCCCUGGGGUCUUGCCUUCCCUGCGACGUCAUCACCAAGUCCCUAAUCUACAAAACCAUCGCCGGCCUGCUGCCCAAUGACUUGGAGGUUGCCCGGGCGUGCGCUCUUCUGAUCUUCUUCUUCGAACGCACUGUCGAGACCUACAAGCUGGUGUACCUUCUGUACAUGCAUCCCGAUCAGGAGUACCACGUGGAGUACAGCCCCAUCAGAAAUCACGUUCGCUUUGAAACCCUGCAGGUCUUGAAGAAGGACCUGUAUUUUGACCCCGAGUUUUGGAACCUCAUUGCUUUGCGGACCAACUGUUUGAAGCUGAUGAGCGAGAAGGGGGUUAGUGGUGACCUCGAGGAGAUCAUGGAGGACAAAUGGAUCCGGAGCUAUUGCGCCAAAGAACCUGCUUCCCGAUCAAGCACAUCAGCAUGUCAGAAAGGAAGUAAGGGGGCAGCAGCUAAAAAGCGUCACCAUAAAGAAGACAGACGUCACGACAUUGACGCUGCAUCCAAGAGAUUAAGGGUGGGCCCAGGAAAAACGCGGCUACACGUUGACCACACCGGAAAGAAGAAAGGCAGCCAUCGGUCAUCGUCGCCUGAACCUUUGAGGCGUUCAUUUUGGCAGCUAGACAGACUACAGGACAAUGUAGCUGUUGGGUAUGGAGAACUUCGACGCACUACAAGACUCUCGGAGAAGAACCCACCAAAACGGAGGAUUAGACAACCCAAGUGGCUUCUUGAAGACUCAGGAAAUCUCGAGGAGAAUAAUGUUCUUCCAAAGAUCAAAAAGCAUGGGUUGAAACAUCAAAAGCACCAUGGAUCCAAUGUCGUAAAGGGGUCAGAAACUGUUGAGCUCAAACACAAACCUUCAGUAAACUCUCAUUUAAUGGCAAACAGCAGCAAGCACCAGAGGGGGUUUUCAUUGGACCCACGCAAACAAGCCACCCUUCCUCAAGUAAUCCUUGAGCUCUCCCUACCAGACAAUGAACUGUUGGGAAAGUUUAACGAGGACGCUUGCAACAGACAGAGAGGUUUCCCUCAAAUGCUUCUCUACAGACCGACAGUGAAGGUCCCUGCCACGUCCGAAGCUGUGAAGACCGUGCACCGCAAAGAGGUGAUUCUGAGAGCGCGGGAUGCAGCCAUGUUUGCACAACAGUUGCACUGUUACGCUCGGCGGCCGAAAGGGAAAGGUGUCGGGCCCAAUAUUCAAGGCUCAGUUUCAACAAUCACACGCUCCUCAGUGCAAGGAAGUCCUCCAAAAGAUCCAGAGAGAGAGCUCUGUGACAAACCUGCCGCUGAGAUUGAAGGUGGAAUGGACGGUCACACACCAGAAGCAGCUGAAGUUACAAAAUCCCCAGCAAUGGAAAAAGUCCUUCAAGCUCAAACUACAAAAGCAGUCUCACGAAAUACAUUUUCAGAAAGAGAGCCCUCUGAGAAGUCUGCUGCUGCUGCAACUGAAGUUACAGAAGCCCCAAUGUUAGAUAAGGUCCUGCAAGCUCAAACCAUAGCUUCAGCAAGAGAGCUCUGUGACGGGUCUGCUGUUGAGAUGAAAGUCACGAUUGCCUCAACAGCGACUAAAGUGACUCCGUCCCCAGGUUUAGAUAAGGUCUCUAAAGCUGUUAAACAUGCUUUUAAAACCACAACUUCAGCUGAGGUCUCGCACACUUCACCUCUGGUCAACAAUCAGAUGUUAGUUCUUGAUAAAAUCCCUCCAGUCUCAAUAAUGGCCAACAUCUCAAGCGUUGGAGCUACUGAUCCCACGCUAUCACAGUCUCAAGAACUGAAGUCACUCUCUUCUCGGGCUGAAACUGGCAAAGAUCCUGUUGCAAAAGCAGACGGCCCAGAGGUGCUCACCGCUGUCGGCAACAGCCUCUCUGAGGUGGACGUUACAGAUGUUUCACCGAAAGUCCCCAAAAGACACGUGCCUUGUGAAAGUGACAUGGGUGGAGGAACAAUGGGCACUACUUCUACAGAGCAGGACAAUAUAAAUGACAUAUCUGCUCUGACAUUAGUAACCGAAAUGGUAACUGGACUUGCACCUGAGGCACUUGCUCGAGAUCUGGAGAAUCGCAAACAGCCAGCUCCAGAGGACGGUACCUCUAAGGAGCCAACAUCUGGAAGUAAAUCCAAAGUUCCUCACAAAUUACGAACUACCUCCAGCUGUUCUGUAGUUGCUGAUGUGCAAGGGAAGGAGGAGGGAACUCAGGAUUUUGAUCCAGAAACGCCUGAGAACGGUGAUCUCCCAGAAUCGGAGGAAUCCAAGUUGGAUUACUGUUGUACCUUCUGCAGCAAGGUGUUCAAGGGAAGUCGUGUUGUAGAACAUGCUAUGUUCCAUUAUCGUAAGGAUGAGUGCAUGUUCUGUGGGACGAUGUUCAAAGAUGAUCUUCUGGCCAUGAUGCACCUGUCUGACCAUAUUGAGAAGCUGAAGAGGAUUAAAGAGUCAGAUGGUAAUGAUGUCCAAGAGACCAAAGAUACCUCUGCCAAAGCUAAGACCACAAACGUGUCUUCUGGGCGCCGCAGCAGUGGGAGACCGAGGAAAUCUACUGACUGUCUUAAAUCAACGAGCCUUCCACAUUCAACCCCAUCUGGGUCCAGACAGUUGAGGUCCAAUGGCAAGCCAGUGGAUGAAAAGAAACAAAACGCAUCAAAGCACCUUCAUACUAAAACUCCUGAUCACAAGGUAAACGGGCAUAUUGGGAAAGAGGAAGAGCUUGACAGACCGAAAAGGGACACCUCGACCUCGGAAGCUAACCCGCCACUUACACAGCAGGAGACCUCUGAUGCAGCUGUACACUCCAGGUUGCAGGAAAACCAAGAUACAGAGAUGGGUUCCUCAGCACAGGUGGACAGAGCGGUCAGCUGUUCCGAGAAGACAGAAUCCCUACGGGUCCUGAACACAGCCACCAAACAAAGUGACAAAGUUGUGGAGGAGAAACGUGUUGACCCGCAAGAGAACGUUUGCUGUCCUGUGGAGGGUUGCGGCUGGUUUACAGACCUGUCGAAAAAACGCGUUGCACUCCUUUACCACGCUCUGGAAGAUCACUAUGGCGAGGUCGAACCUUUAGAAGUGGCAUUCCAUGUAGGAAACGGCAAAUGCAGCAGUUGCAUGAGGGUCAUGUGGAGUUUUGAACAUUUUCAGCACCACGUUGAAAGGCACAGACUCUCUCCUCGGCAUCCUUGCCUUCAUCGAGGAUGCACGUCCAGGUUCAAAACUGGAAUGGAAAUGAGACGCCACGCCAGGAGGCACAGUCCGCUGCAGGCAGUGUGCUGCGUCCCUGAUUGUUCUCAGCUAUUUAUCUGUCUCUGGGCACUGAACCUUCAUGAAAGAGAGCACUAUGCUUCCAAACCCACCAAACCAGACAAGAAUGCAGAAGAACAAACGGGUGACAAACAGGAUAACACGCCGGAUGGAAAGAAACAACUGGAUCAUAGGCCAAAAGAUGCAACCGCUACCACUACUGUAAAUACGACCGAGAGUGUGAAGGCUCCUCGUUUAUUAAGAGGAGAAGCUACACAUAACUCACCUACAGAAAAACAAGCUCCUCUUCCCGCCACUGUCGGUGCAUCUCUGUCCAAAGAGGAGUCGAAUGAGCGAAAUGAGUCCAAGGAUUCUCACGUCUUGAAGAAUCUUUCUAACAAGGACACCUCCUCACAGCCCGCUGGCCCUAAUCUGAGGUUACGGCAAACAUUAAGGAAGGUAACAAAUACAACCAAAAGUCACAAAGUCAUCUCAUCAUCGUUAUUAAAACAGAAAGUCAAAGUGAGGCACAAGUUCAAGAAGAAGCAGGUCAAAGGAAACACAAAAGGUCCCAAAAGAAGAGGGCGUCCUCCGAAGUCGAAGGAAGCCGUGCAUGAUGAAAAUACGACUUCCGGUCCAAUUAAUCAAACUGUCCCAGAAAAAAGUGCUGAGCUUGCAAACCCCCCUAAAGCAGCAGAGAGCUCAGAUGUCAGCAACGAGUCAAAAGAAGAAGAGCAGGUCAAAGGUGUAGGCAAAACUACAGAAACGUCGAUUAACAAAUCAAAAUCUAAGAAAUCAAUCAACAAACAGAAUAUUCACGUUAAACAAAAGGGGAUUUUACAUAAUACCCCUUCAGCUAUUAAGACAGCAAACAGUUUAAAUCAAUCAACCAGCACCACCUCAGCAGACAAAACACACAAGUUAGCGGCUAAGAAACUACAUAAAGUGAAGAAACGCUCCGCUCCGAAAGAGAGUCAAACGGCUUCUUCAGACUCCAGCAAGUCAAAGAAGCACAAGGUUACAAAUGGUGAAGCCAACACAAAGACAGUCAAGAAGAAAUGCCCUCUCAGAGAACCAGAGGCAAGAGUGGAAACCACAGGCUCAACAACUGUGCCUGAUGUCCCAGCUAACGGUUUAAAUGAGAGAACUGCACCACCAACCACCUCAGGAGAGGAAACACAAGAAAAAUCCAAGAAGUCACUCAUGAAAACAGAAGGAAAGAAGGAAACGAGGGCUCCCAGUGCUUCUUCAGACUCAGGUAAUACAAAAACGAAGCACAAGGAUAUUAAUAAAGAGGACAAGAAAACGCUGAAGGGAAGACCGAACGAUGCAAGCACAACAUCUGCUUUGAAAAAGAAAGCCACGUCAAAAUCUGGGCAUCAACAGGUUGAGGCUGGAGCCGCAGUAGAGAGCUCUCCUGAUGCAACUCUUUCCUCCGUCCCUGCUGCCACAGCCAGCGGCUUAAAUGACACGGCUUCUCCCCCCGCUGGAGAGAACGCACAGAAGGUAACAGAAAAGGAAAAAUCCAAGAAAUCCCACAAAAACUCCGACCCCAACGAAGCAAGUAAGAAGCGCAAGAAUGUUCAUAAAGACGGCCACACAAAGAUUGUGAAGAAAACACGCAAAGAUCAAAUUGUUCGAACGGCGUCUGAGAAGCCGGAGAAGUCACAAACUGACGUCCAAUCGCUCACUGAGGUGAAAGCAGAGUUGCUCUCUGUAAGUGAAGAGGGAAAAACACCGCAACCUACGAUCAGCAACGCCGGUUACUCUGUCAUACCGAACGGACAGGCCGCUAGGGAAGAUACUAAACCGGCCGCGCUAAAGAACGCUCUUGCGGGGUACAGCAGCAGGCCGUACAGGCGUCCGCCGCCUACAGCGUACCUGGACGAGAAGUACAUCACCAUGCCGAAACGAAGGAAGGAGCUGUCGUUCUCCCACUCAUCUCAGAGAAGCCCCCCUCCUCAGCAGGCCUGCGUCGCAAAGACUCCGCAGAGGCAACGCUGCGCCAACUGUUUCGCAACCUUCAACAGCGCCGAGGAUCUGCAGAGUCAUCUCCAGCUGCAGAAGUGCUCCAACCUCUUCGGAUUCGACUCUGACGACGAGGGUAACGGUUUCAUGCCUAAUAAAGUCAAAGUGAACUGACGUUUUGGAUGCAUAACAGACUGAGCCGUGGAGCUGCAUGGAGGCACCGGGCGGACCAGAGCUCUCUGGACGACAACGCAUUCGUCUGGAGGCUUCAGAACUGAAAAAGGGCUCAACCGACUUUCACUGCAGCGUGUGCCUGUAACAGACACAUGAAACGGCCAAUCACGCGACAGAGAAACUGGAAUCCCAGUCGGACCGUCGGCAGAACAGCGAGUACUGAAGUGCCUGCUCUGGAACCGCCGCGCUGUUUCCAGCUGCUUCACCUGGUAUGGAGAUUAAGAAUUGUGGCUUGAAGUCGGGACUCUUGAAAGCUGUGAAAACAAAAAACACUGACUCAAGACGACAACGCUGCUCCUGCUGUCACUAGGAUACAUAUUUUUCACAUCAGUAAGCCAUAUAACGCCAUUGUUUGCUUUUUGCACUCUCGAUUCCUGUCUGCUUAAACUUAAAGUGAUGGAGAUUGUACGACGAUUGAAGCAUCUGAAAGUCCUGCUGUUUUAACAUGUUAUGGUUGCAUAUAAUUUUCUAAAUUUUUGAAAAGUUGCUGUAUCUUCUUUUGGGAAAUGUUCUGUAUAAUUCUUGUUUAAAUACUAAUUGUAUUUCUUAUAUCCCUAUGGGCUUUAUUGGGUCUGUGCUUGUCCUCGCCUUGAGCAACCAGUAGGGGGCGCUGUGCACCAAUCUCUCUGUUAACAUUUUAUUUUUUCAAAGCACAAGAUGUUAUUAUUUGCUCUCCACUGGAGGGACUUGGCUUCUCUUCCAGUCACAUCCACCAGGCUCUAUUUCCUUUAGCAAUAACUACCACCAACUACACUAUGAUCAUGUUCAGUUUAUUAUUCGCUGACAUUCUGCCUCGUAUUCUAUUUUCUCACUGAAACAUGUUGACUGAACUGUCCAAGACCUUAGAAACAUUGUGAUUUCUCUUCCCUUCAAAGAGAAAGUAAUAAAUAACCGGAUAGGCCGCAGGUUAUAUUUAUUUAUCUUUUGUAAAUAUUUGAAGAGUUUCAAUCUCUUAUUCUAUAAGGUGGGUGUUGGAGCUCGGGGUUUAUAUUUUGUUCUUGAAGUAAAAAUAAAACUUAUUUCAAUCUGUUGGACUUCCAGAAUGAUAUCCGAUACAGCGGAGAAGUGCGUGUUGUCAUCCCAGGAAUGAGCAGUUUAUUCCAAAAGGAAGGGUCAUAUUGCUCCGGUGCGCUGGCAACAGAUAAGACGGUAUUGGACGAGAUAAAUCCUCACUUCGUGUCCGUCUCACCGAUGCCAACGUGAAGCUAAAACAAGAGGAACCAAACUGCCACGGGUGCGUUCUCCACCAUGCUCGCGACAUAUUUGAAUUUAAAUGAACUAUCAAGGACACUUUUAAGGGUAGUUUUCUGUGUUGCAUGAUUGUAAGCAGAGCAGCCAAACGUGCAUAUGACUGGAAUAACCCUCGGCCAUUAAUCAUGCACUGGAGUCACCUAAUGGCGCAGACGGUCACGAGACGGGCCAGACACAAAGGUGAUCUCUUUGUUUCCCAUCUGAGGCAAUGUUGUUUAUUGUGGUAGACGCAGAGGAAGAAAGAGAGACCCACAAAGAGGAGGGAGAAGAAGAAACCGGAGACCACGGGAAGAGUCACGUUCCUCCCCACAGGUGUGCAACUUUUCACUAGAUCGUCAUUUGGAAACAUGAGCAAUGCAACAUUUGUAAUCUAGUUUCCGGGAAAGAUUACACGCAAUCGUUUUCUUUAAAGGAGCAGUGGCAGAAUGUGUUGUGUGUAUUAAAACACAGCAACAACAUAUGACUUGUCAAAAUAGCACAUUGUUUCUCUUACAAAUGAAAAGUUUAAUUCAUGGGCAAUAAAAUACACAAUUGAUCAGUUCAGUACAUUCAGGGGUGUUGCUACAGCCUCAGUCUGGUGUGAGCGCAGCACAUGGUGGC